AGACUUCACAUCUCACUAAAAGGCAAAAAUCGAGAUGUCGAAAAGCUGCAAGUAGCCUGCUUUCCCCUUUCCCCAAUGAGGUUCGCCGACUUCGCUAUCGACUUGGCGGCGGUCGUCAGUGCAUCCCGGUCCGUUGCUGCCAAGCACAUCGCGCUCCGCGGCCGCCAGCUCGAGAAUUUCAGUAAGACGUCAAGUUUGACUGCGAGCCUGAGAACGGGUCAAAACACUGGCCAAAACAACAUAUCGUCUCCUUCCUUGCCUUCAGCUCGGGGCUCGAACACCGCUGCAUCAGCCGUCUCCAGGGUCAUUACAAAACAGCCAACUGCGACGCAAUCUUCUCCCGUAACCCACGUCCCUCACUCUUCACCGGCCCAGGCACUGAACCCCAAACAUGGAUCUGGGCUCCAACCGGACACGGGGUCCGUCUUAUCUCAACUGAGGGAAACAACCCCAUCGAGCUCCCAAUGGACCGAUGCGUCUUCUCCGGAACUCAAGUCUAGGCACCAGACAGGGUUGUCCUCCCAGUCCGACUCUCCAGCAGAACUGGACUCUCUGCCUCCUGGCGUGAACGUGGACAUAUUUCACACCAAACGAGGAGCCAAUCUUCUCGGAGACCUAAGGAAACGAGAAAAGCCAAAGCCAAAGCUUGUCGGUUUGCCCGAGUUUGUCACACAUCCUAACAGGCAACCAUCAGAUGCAACAGCGACGACACCAUCUGCGCCGUCAGAGAAUGUGCCGAUAGACGACCAGGAAUCGGCGCGCAGUGCCACCACUGCCGAGAGUACAGCAUCGGUUGGGCAUUCCCGGGACACCAGUGAGAGCAGAGGGACGACUGCUUCUGCUUCUGCCUCUGCCUCUGCUUCUCCCGAAGCUACGUCUCCCAGCCCACCCGCGAGUGCCAGACCAACCUACGUGUUAAGGGAAUCCAAAGUCCCCGCUACCCGCAUCGGUCGUCUUUGGAACUACGGAGGACUCGCCGCUGGCAUGAUGGGGGGUGCGAUCAGCGAAAGUAUCGGGAGAGCAUUCGGCGGGGAGGGCCAAGGAUCCGUCAUGCUCAGCGCGGGGAACAUGGAACGGCUGGUUUCCAAGCUAUCGCAGAUGCGCGGGGCCGCGCUGAAGAUGGGCCAGAUGCUCAGCUUCCAGGACUCCAAGAUGCUCCCGGGACCGAUUCAGGAGGUCAUGCAACGAGUGCAGGACCGCGCAGACUACAUGCCGUCUUGGCAGCGCGACAAAGUACUGGCUGCCAACCUGGGGCCGCAAUGGCGCGAUUUGUUUGAGGAAUUCGAGGAGAAGCCCAUCGCUGCGGCGUCGAUCGGCCAGGUCCAUCGGGCGGUGCUCAAGGAAGGCUCCAAAAGGGUCGCUGUCAAGAUCCAGUUCCCCGGCGUGGCUGAUUCCAUCAAUUCCGACCUGGAUAACCUGUCUAUCCUGCUGACGGCCACCAAGCUGCUUCCGAGGGGUCUUUACUUGAACAAAACCAUCGACAACGCCCGGCUCGAGCUGGGCUGGGAAUGCGACUACGAAAGGGAAGCGACCUGCCUCCGGCGCUACCGGGAGUUUCUCGCCGACGAGGGAGACACGUUCGUGGUCCCCGGGAUUUACCCGCAAGCAUGCGGGAAGCAGGUUCUCACCAUGGAUUUCAUGGACGGCAUCGGCGUGACGCGCGUAACGUCAUUCACGCAGGAACAGAGGGACUGGAUCGGCACCCAGAUCCUGCGCCUGUGUCUCCGCGAGAUCACCGAGUUCCGGUUCAUGCAGACCGAUCCCAACUGGACCAACUUCCUCUACAACGAGCAGACGACCAAACUCGAGCUUCUCGAUUUCGGCGCCUCUCGCGAGUAUCCGGAGGACUUUGUCGCCCAAUACGUCCAACUUCUAGCCGCCGCCUCGCGGUCGGAUCGGGAGGCCGUCCGCCAGCUCUCCCAAAGCUUGGGGUACCUCACCGGACACGAGAGCAGGGUCAUGGUCGAGGCGCACGUGGACUCGGUGCUGACGCUGGCGGAACCCUUCUUGCGCUCCGCCCCGGAAGUGUACGAUUUCGAGGACCAGACCAUCACCGAGCGGGUCAAGGCGCUGAUCCCCGUCAUGCUGCGUGAGAGGCUCGCGCCGCCGCCGGAGGAGACGUACAGCUUGCAUCGGAAGCUAAGCGGUGCGUUCCUGCUCUGCGCAAGACUGGGCAGUCGCGUCAGGUGCCGCGAGAUGUUUGAGAAUAGUCUGAAGAAGAUGGGGUCUCCAUGAUAAAGUGGCUCACGGGAGCCAGCUAUAUGCCACGCGCUGUACUGCCAUGGUGUAUAUCAUCAUGUAUCAUCAUGUAUCACCAGUGUUAUCGCUAGAAUAGACUACUACCUUGCAGACAGAAGAGACCUAUCCCUGUCCGGGCCGGUGCUGUGCUGUGCAUCCAAAACGUUUUGCUCGCUUCACAAAAAAAAUGCGCACAGCAUCCAGCAAUAAAAACUCAACGUCUCCUCUGCAACUGAUCCAGUUCUUUCUUCUCCCUCCCGGCCACCUUCUUCCUCUUCCUCUCGAUGACGCGGUCGACCUGCUUCUUCUUCAUGCCCUUGAACUGCUCCACCAGCAGCCUCUUCUUCUGCUCCGACUUCUUGAGGUAGAAGGGUUUCUUUCCCUGUUUGACGAGCUCCUUCUCCUGCCGCCGG